UAACACACACGACAGAGAAAUGAGAAUUGAAGUAAAAAUUGUACAGCGAAGAAGCUAACUACCACCCUCCACGUGACUCGCGCAAUUCAACUCACGCACACUCUCAACAUCACUAUAUAAACCCCCUCUCCUCCUUCCCUUCAUCUUUCAGUCUCUCACCUUCCAACUCGCCCUCGACUCACUUCCUUGUCCGAUUCCGCCAACGAGGCCAGUGAAUCAGAUCUAUCUGCUUCUUCGUCAUGGCCACCGGACAACUAUUCUCCCGCACUACACAGGCUUUGUUUUACAACUAUAAGCAACUUCCCAUACAGCGGAUGCUUGAUUUUGACUUCCUUUGCGGCAGGGAAACACCAUCAGUUGCUGGAAUAAUUAACCCUGGUUCUGAGGGAUUUCAAAAACUUUUUUUUGGUCAGGAGGAAAUUGCCAUCCCAGUUCAUGCCACCAUUGAAGCAGCUUGUGCUGCACAUCCUACUGCUGAUGUCUUCAUCAACUUUGCUUCAUUUAGAAGUGCUGCAGCAUCAUCCAUGGCAGCUUUGAAGCAGCCAACAAUUAGAGUUGUUGCUAUUAUUGCUGAAGGAGUACCCGAGUCAGACACUAAGCAAUUGAUUGCAUAUGCCCGAUCAAACAAUAAGGUUGUUAUUGGUCCAGCCACUGUUGGAGGCAUUCAAGCAGGUGCUUUUAAAAUUGGUGACACAGCUGGAACAAUUGACAAUAUAAUUCAGUGCAAGCUCUACAGGCCUGGAUCUGUUGGAUUUGUUUCUAAAUCUGGUGGGAUGUCCAAUGAACUCUACAACACUAUUGCCCGUGUAACUGAUGGGAUUUAUGAAGGCAUUGCUAUUGGAGGAGAUGUUUUCCCUGGUUCCACACUUUCUGACCAUGUUUUACGGUUUAACAACAUGCCACAGGUUAAAAUGAUGGUAGUACUUGGGGAACUUGGUGGGCGUGAUGAGUAUUCCUUAGUGGAGGCCUUAAAACAAGGAAAGGUAUCCAAACCGGUUGUUGCCUGGGUCAGUGGCACAUGUGCACGACUCUUCAAAUCUGAAGUACAAUUUGGUCAUGCAGGAGCCAAAAGUGGUGGUGAGUUAGAGUCUGCUCAAGCAAAGAAUCAGGCACUAAGGGACGCUGGAGCUGUUGUUCCCACAUCAUAUGAAGCUUUUGAAGCUGCAAUUAGGGAAACAUUUGAUAAAUUGGUUGAAGAAGGGAAGAUCACACCAAUCAAGGAAAUCACACCUCCACCAAUCCCUGAAGACCUUAGUACUGCAAUUAAGAGUGGAAAAGUCCGUGCUCCAACUCAUAUUAUUUCCACCAUUUCUGAUGACAGAGGAGAGGAGCCAUGCUAUGCUGGUGUACCCAUGUCUUCCAUUAUCGAAAAAGGUUAUGGUGUUGGUGAUGUUAUCUCUCUUUUGUGGUUUAAACGAAGCCUUCCCCGUUACUGUACUCAAUUUAUUGAGAUAUGCAUCAUGCUAUGUGCCGACCAUGGUCCUUGUGUCUCUGGUGCUCACAAUACUAUUGUGACAGCAAGGGCAGGGAAAGACCUAGUUUCCAGUCUCGUAUCAGGUUUGCUAACAAUUGGUCCUCGAUUUGGGGGUGCCAUCGAUGAUGCUGCUCGCUACUUCAAGGAUGCUCAUGACAGGGCACUUACUCCUUAUGAGUUUGUUGAAGGUAUGAAAAAGAAGGGAAUUCGUGUGGCAGGAAUAGGGCACAGGAUCAAGAAUAGGGACAACAAAGAUAAGAGAGUUGAGCUGCUACAGAAGUUUGCACGAACACAUUUUCCUUCCGUGAAAUACAUGGAAUAUGCUGUUCAAGUUGAGACCUACACACUCACAAAGGCAAAUAAUUUAGUUCUUAACGUAGAUGGUGCAAUUGGAUCUCUUUUCUUGGAUCUUCUUGCUGGUAGUGGAAUGUUCACCAAACAAGAGAUUGAUGAAAUUGUGGAGAUUGGCUAUCUGAAUGGCCUCUUUGUGCUGGCACGCUCCAUUGGUCUGAUUGGACACACCUUUGACCAAAAGCGAUUGAAGCAACCACUUUACCGUCACCCAUGGGAGGAUGUUCUCUACACAAAGUGAGGAAGUUUUGUGCGACUGUAAGAACUUUCACAUGCUUCAAAUUAGCAAUCUUUUGGGAAAUCAUGCAUCUGAUAUAAGCUGGAGUGAUUUUGUAGCUGUUAGACUAGUGUUGUACGAUCUAUUGGUGAAAAAGUCAUCUUCCAUUUGUAACUUUGAUUAAAUUUCAUAAAGAAAGAACUUGGUCAUUUUUUAAAUUACAUUUCUCUUGAUGAAUAUUCUGAUCUUUGUACUGUUUUGACUUCAA